AUGGCGGAGCCAAGCCGCCUCGUUUCGGCUGCCGAAAGGCCAUGCCGAAUCGGUCACUGCAAGCGAUUGGCUUGGAAGACCUCAGCGAAAGGGUAUCGCCACGAACAGCGUUAG